AUGAGAUACACCGGCUCCCACCACUGCACAUCUGAGCGGUUUUGUGAGGCUUCUGCCCUGGGUGUGGAUCCCGGAGCCCCAUUGGGGCAGCCUCCUCCCCACCCCCGCCGGCUCCACCCUCGCCCUCAGCCGCCGGGCCGGCGACUCUCCUCUGGCUCUGUGCACACAGGAGCGGCCGCCUGCGCAGGGAGCCGGGGUGCAGGGAGUGUCCCAAGAACCAAUGAGGUUCCCUGCCUCCCUGUGCUGCCUGCCAUGCUGUCCUUGACCUUCCUCCUCCUGGUUACCAGGAUGCUCUGGCCCAUCCUCCCGGCCACCGCCCUGAGUGCUCAGGAUGGAAGAGCUGGGGACCUUCCUUGUGGAGAGGAGUGUGCCGACUGCGCGCUCCUGGCCCAGGAGCUGGGGACGCCGAGGCGGGCCCCAGGGGACGCGGAGGCAGCCUUGCACAGGGCCACCACUUCCCAACACUCAGACUGGGACAACCCCUCCUGCACCGAAGGCGUGGUUUCCGUGUCGAGGGGUGAGCGGGCCGUGAUGUCCUGCAACAUCUCCAACCCCUUCUUGGGCGUCACCGUCUACCUGAUUGCCCUUGGGGAGGAUUCCCAGCCCCUCUUCAGGGUGACGCCCCCAGGCUGCUUCUGCCGGGGUGAGUGGCAGCUGCAGGUCCGCGGAGGUGUGGCACAGCUGGUGAUUCCGAAGGCGAGCGAUGCCCAGGCUGGGUGUUACAAGUGGCAUCUCGAAGGUCUGCAGAGGAAUAUUAAAGUCACCACGCUGAACGUUUUAGCAUCAGGCGCAGAGGCCCAGGGCCUGAACCAGACAGGAGUCCUACCCCUCACCUCUUCCUGCGGCCCGCAGAUGCCGUGCCCGGGGUGGGCCGGACGCCAGUUCCAGGUGGUGCUCGUGGUCACCGGUGUCAGCGUCGCCCUCGCCAUCCUGGUGGUCACCGUGUUAGCCUGGCGCCGACGGCACAGUCCCCUGUACUUGAAGUCCCCAGGGGUCUGAGGCCACCGGCACCGAAACUCACCCCCCAGCAACGGAGCCCCGCGUGUCCCACACCCAUCUGGUUGACAGAAGCCCGUGCACCUCACAGAGGUGGCAGACAGGCGCAGGCCCCCGUCCCUGUCUGCUGGCC